UAUGUUCCCCAGCUCUGAUUGGAUAGGCUGCAUUUUUAAACUCCUACAGUAUCCGUCAAGUGGUCAGAGCCUUGGAUUGAGAGUCAGCGAGAAGUCCUGUGCAUCUGUGCUGAUCUUCCCCUGAACACCUCCAUUUCAGGGCAUUGCUGUACCGCCACUAUGCAUUAAGCUGUCUCCCUGGAAUAACAUCCCUUCCAGAGUGCAUUUCUUGAAAUAUAAUUUACUGCAGAUGCAUUUUCUCCUUUUCCCCCUGGAAAUUCCUUUCUUUUGCCUCCGUUUUUGAUGUGUAAUUUGAUAUUUGUUAGGUCUUGGUGAGGAUAUUCCUGAAGACUUGUUCAAGGUUGCUGCUGCCCAGAUGGCCAAGCUGACAGCCACUCCUCUCAGUGCUCUUGUCGAUGAGCCUGUGCACAUCCGAGUCACAGGCCUGUCGCCCUUCCAGGUGGUGUGCCUUCAGGCAUCACUGAGAGAUGAGAAGGGCAAUCUGUUUGGUUCUCAGGCCUACUACAAGGCCAGUGAAGUGGGGGAGGUGGAUCUGGACCGUGAUCCCUCACUUGGAGGAGACUACAUGGGUGUCCACCCCAUGGGUCUCCUCUGGUCCUUGAAACCCGAAAAACUGUUGAGUCGACUGGCCAAAAAAGAUGUGAUGAACAGCCCCUACGAGGUCCACAUAGAUCUCCGCAGUCCACACUUUCCAAUAAAAGGUGUAGUGAUCAGCCCGCCCAUGGAUAGCCUGACUUUGAAAAGAUGGUAUGUAGCCCCUGGUGUCACAAGGAUCCUGGUAAAGGAAGGUCGCCUCCGGGGAGCCCUGUUUCUGCCUCCAGGAGAAGGCCCUUUCCCAGGAGUCAUUGACUUGUUUGGGAGCACUGGUGGACUGAUUGAAUUCCGGGCCAGUCUUCUGGCCAGUCAUGGCUUUGCAGCCUUUGCUCUGGCUUACUGGGGCUAUGAUGACCUGCCCUCUCACCUGGAGAAGAUAGAUCUAGAGUAUUUUGAAGAAGCUGCAGAGUUUCUCCUGAGACAUCCUAAGGUCUUGGGCCCAGGUGUUGGCGUCGUUUCUGUGUGCAAAGGCGCAGAAGUUGGACUCUCUAUGGCUAUUAACCUAAAACAAAUAAAAGCCACUGUACUUAUCAAUGGGCCUAAUUUUGUUACUAGUGAUCCACAUGUAUAUCAUGGUCGAGUUGACCGGCCCAUACCAUGCAAUAUAGAAUUUGUAACCACCAAUGCCUUAGGCCUUGUAGAAUUUUAUCGAACCUAUGAGGAGACUGCAGACAAGGAUAGCAAAUAUUGUUUUCCCAUUGAAAAAGCUCAGGGACAUUUCCUUUUUGUGGUGGGAGAAGAUGACAAGAAUCUCAACAGCAAAGUACAUGCUCAUCAAGCCACAGCACAGCUGAUAAAAAGUGGGAAGAAGAAUUGGACUCUGCUGUCUUACCCUGCAGGUCACCUGAUUGAGCCUCCCUACUCUCCAUUGUGCUGUGCCUCAAGGAUCCCCUAUGUGAUCCCAAGCAUCAGCUGGGGCGGAGAGGUUACCUCACAUGCAGCUGCACAGGAGCAUUCUUGGAAGGAGAUACAAAAAUUCCUCAGGAAUCAUCUCCUUCCAGAUGUGAGCAGCCAGCUCUGAGUGGACUUGAUGAUAUUACUGGGAAGUAGAAUUGUUCAUCUCCUGACCAGCACCGCUUCUCACUUUCUGUAGAGAAAUGCCUCUGAUCUCUUAUUGGAUGACAAAGGAAGGUAUCACAAGAAAAUGCAAGUGGGCUGAAAGUGAUAAUAUUUUGACUUUGGAUGGGGAAAAUAUUUUCCAUGUAAUGAAAUAUCAUGAAGUGAGAGGCCUAUAUCUGUAUAAAUAAAAUCUUAGACCUACCUUUCCUAAAA